CGCCAAACUAUAAAGUUGACACUGUUGUGAUGCUGUUCCCCUUGUUGUAAUGUAAACUGUCUGGAUAUUACACUAUAAUAAUAUACGAGCUCUGUGAAAUGGCGAUGUGGAGCGACGUGGAGCUUCUCACCAACGAGGACACAAACACUGUCCGGCUCGGCGGUGUGUCGAGGGAGGAGAGUGGGAGCGGCCUGUACCAGGUGGACACACUGGUCAAGAUCUCCACUGCCACUGAGGUACAGGCAGACCCCAGUCUCUCCUCCUCCAGUGGGUCAAACUGGAGUAUUGUUGUUGCUGACAAGACUGUUAUCCUGUUUGAUCAGAGCUAUCAAACAAUCCUGCUGCUGCUUCACUUUGAAACCGAUGUGGACGCAAUUGAUGUGUGCCUGGACGGACAGUUUCUGGUGGUCUGUGAAAGGAAUGGCAACCUUCAUUUGAUUUAUGUCCCCCACAAGAGAAUCCUUCUCACCAGGGCUUUGGUAGAGAAACCAUCUAGUGGGGACGAUAAGACGUACCGCUAUCUCCUCACGCAGAAGGACGAGGGUUCUGAAGGGAUAUACAAUGUGUUUCUUCUCGUAAAGGACGGGUUUUUCCACAUCUCAAAUCUUGCAUUGGCAAAGAUCGAGACAGCCGUAGAGAAAAUGGACGUGGGAUCUUUGAAAGAGCUCCAGUCUCAAAUCAAGAUUGACUUCUGCUCCACCGAGGAUUACCACGACGAGGGCUGCAGUACAGCGGUCAUGUUCAGUCUGGGCCAUGAAAUCCACCUGGUGAUCGGGGGCAAUAAAGAAAAUGUCCUGACUCACUGGAGGAUGGACCCUCAUCAGGCCAAGAUGCGUCUCGCUCAGUCUGUCAGCGGUGGCUUAAUUCCAGGAGUGAGGAAGAUGGUGGUUGUUGAAAAUCUCCUGUAUGUUCUUGAUAGUGAGGACACUCUGAGUCUUUGGGACCUUCACUUCCUGGUGAUGAUUCACUGCUGGCCCGAUCUGGUUGUUCAUGACUUUGAACUGACCACAGAGUGCGACUCAGCCUCCAUCCAAGACAAAAGCAGCAUGAGGAUGAUUACACUGACAAAACAAGAAAACUCUCAGAUCAACUCACUGCAAAUAAGAUUCCUGCCGUGGAUGACCAUUUGUUACUCUCUGGAUGUCUCUUCAGUCUCCUGUCUCGUCCAGACUAAAAUAAACAUGGAUACCAUUUAUUUAGUUGAAGGCAUUUGUGAGAACCCAGAAAGUCGAGGAGAGCCGAUAUCCUCUGUUGUCGUGCGAUGCUUCACAGAGGCUUUGCCAGAGAACAGACUUAGCAGACUUUUACACAAACAUAUGUUUGAAGAGGCUGAGUUUGCCAUUGCGUUUGAGCUGGAUUUAGAGCUUGUUUACAAGGUGAAGCUUGACUUUGUGCUGGAGCAGCUGGCGUCUGCGUCAGUGGGAGGUUAUGGACAGGAUGUAUGGUCUGAACUUGUGGAGGAGGCCAAGACCAACCUGAUGAAGAUCACGGAUGAGCACUACGUGGUGGAGUACUGCCUCAAAGCUCCGUGGCCGACGUUCGAGACGGCAGAGAAGAUGCUGAACCACGCUGCCACACGAUACUCAUCGCUACAAAUCCAGGAGGCUUUAGCUAGACUGGCAACCUUCUGCAGCCUGCACGGCCCAGAACAUUUCAAUGGCAUCGCCUGGAUCGAGUUUCUGAACAGCACUGAUGACCUAGGAGACAUUCUGACCCACCUGAGGGAAGGAGACAUGAAGGGUGCACAACUCCUUUGGCUCCGAUAUGAGGGACAAAUUGCUGCAGAGUUCAAUGAGAGCACGCUAGAGGCCGUGCUCGGUGCCAUCCCAGAGGACCUGCCUUCUCAACACCUCUGUCCUUGGUUCAGGACUGUUUUUGUGCCUUUCGUUAGAAGAGUGAUUCCAACAGGACAGAAACUCCUGGCUCGAUGGCUGGAGCAGAGGGCAAGGAAUCUGGAGUUAACGGAAAAGGGUGCUUGGCCUCGGAACGGGUUGGACAUGGCAAUGCUUGGAGUUCCCUCUCUAUGGACCUGGAUAAGAUCUGAGGAUAAUUAUGAUUCCAAAGAGGUGGAGAAUCUGAAGUCCCUGGUGACUCACCUCCGUCAGCUCCUGGACCUGCACAACAAAUACAACUGCAGACUUUCCCUUUCAGUCUUUGAGAAGGGAAGUGUACGCAGUGUGGCAUUCUUCAUGCUGGAUAAAGUGCCGGCGCCAGAGCUGAUUGGCGCCACAGUGGAGAGCAGUAUCCUGCCGUAUACUGAAGAGCACGAGAUUCCUCUUGACGAGCUUCUCCUACAGUACAUCAAGGAUCUCUUGGAGCGCUGCAGCUCUCAGACGACAACGCUUUUCACAGAAUGGGAAGCCAAAGCGGUGGCAGUGCUCGGCUGCAUGUCUGACACAGAUCUGAUGGUGGACGCUGUGCUGGAGAUCAUGCAGAAAGCUGUGGUGCCCUGGAGUAAUGUGAUAGAAAAACUGGUUCAGCAGUACCUGGAGAUGGACGGACCAAAACAAGAGCUUUUAAAGGAAAGCUACCGUCUGAUGGAGAUCAGGAAACUUCUCAGAGGAUACGGGAUCCGGAACUUCAACCUCUCUAACAGUACUCAAGUUAUGACUCUGAUUAGAUACAUCCUGAAGCAAGACCUGCCCAUGUCUUUAGGAGACUCCCUGACUUUAGCUGAAGCUUACAAACUUCCCACCUCGCAGAUAAAUUACCUGUACCUCAUCCAGCUGAUUGGCCUCGGAAAGACUGAGGACUGCAUGACUGUCCUGAAGAAGCUGUCCUCUGCAGAAGCAGAGUGUGUGAUCGAGCGUCUCACAUCGUGGGCUCGGCUGCAGCUGGAGGACAAACGUCACAUAUCAGAUGAGCACAAGAAGAACCAGAUGGUCAUAGCUCAGGUGAUGGUGGAGGUUCUGAAAUACCUGCAUAUCAUUCAAAAACAUGAUGUUCUUAAAAGCAUGGAGUGUGAAAACAACCUCAUCAUGUUCAAGGCCAUCGCCCACCUACAAGAGGACUUUGAAGUUUUCUUCACCCCCUCCAACUACGAGGAUCCGAACAUCCAAAAACAGAUCCAGGAGCAUCACAUCACAGCCUAUGAAAACACACGAGGCCGCCGUCCUUCUAAAGCAAAGGCCACAGCCACUCCAGUGGUGGCUAAUGAUCCUGAUGGCAAAACCAAGACUAUCUCUACAGAAGCUGGCUUACGUCGUCUAGGGAGGCAGCUGCAGCGCACAGAGCCGGAGCUCUGGUCUGACUUGGCCCUGCGAGCUCUGCGUGUGGGCAAGGUGGACAAGGCCCUCAAGAUCCUCAGUGAGCUGUAUGAACAUCACUAUAACACCAGCACAGGGAAGGUUUUGUUUACUGCUGCCAUGACCUUAUGCCAGAUGCUGGAGGCAGACGUUCCCAUGGUGCUUCCUGAUGACAUGGACCUGCCAGCAGUCAUCCACAAUCUGGCGUGUCAGGCCAUCACUGUGUGCCACUCUGAUUUGCUGCUGGACUGUCUGGAGCUCUGCAAAUGUACACGCAUAGCUAUGGAUGUGUAUCAUCAGUGCCAGUUAUCAGACAACUACGGCUUUCUAGCCAAGGAUCUGACUUUGGAGGCAGAAAAAGAUCCAUAUUCUCAGAGUUUUCAGGAUGUCUUUAAUGAGGACUGCAUUGUUCUGGACCCGGUGUGUGUGCUUCCAGUCCAGUAUGAAAUAACCAACUGUAUGCUGCCUAUUUCUCAUGAUACCAAACUGUACCCUCUGGACUGCUCCUGCCUCUCACACUGCUCAUUUGAAGACGGCUCAAACUACCUGCGGCCCCUCCUGGGUUCCCUGGGGAACAUGUUGCAGAUGUUACAGGAGUGCAGUCAGCUGGAGCUGGCCCUCAGAGUGCUGGUCAACUCGUACGGCAGCUGCCUGCAGCACGUCACCUCCAAUGUUAUGGACAUGAAGCUCAGUGUGCAGCUUUAUGACACACAAGAGCUGAAGAACUACAAUAUAUGUUUGAAUAAUGUCAGAAAGACGACCAGUUCGUCUCUGAAUGCUGUGGCUGUGGCUCUCUUGAACAAGGUGUUCAACUGGAGAGUGGUGGAUUGUGAUUUGGCUUUUGGACUUUGUACGCUCCUCUCUAAAGCAGAAGUCUUCAAGAUACUGUGGAAGGUUAUCGACAACACCUGGCAAAACUACGACAAAAUCUUGGCUGUGGCGAGGAUCGGGGCCAAUCUGAGCUGCCUAUACAACGAGGCAGGAGAACGAGAGAAGUUUCUCUCUGUAAUCACUGAUGCUGAGUGGGGCAUCGAGCUCGGCAAACUGGAGAUUUCCAUCCAGCCAGUUUUCCGUCAGCGGCCUGAAAUGAAGGGAAGUCUGAUCCCAGAUCUGGUGAAAAACAGGAAGAUCACCCCGGACAUUAUCCUAAAGUACUGCAGCACCUUUGGUCUAGACCGUGACGGCGUGAUCAACCAGUACAUCAUCACCUUACUGCUGCUACAGGAGGACGAGGAGGCUGCUGGUGAUUCAAGCACAGGCCAGGAAGAGAUGCAGCCUUUAUGUCAUGCAGACGCACUGGAGCGAGUCCUGCAGGUUAUCCCCAUGCUGCACAGCACCAGCGAGCUCACGGAAAGCCUCUGUGCUGCUCUGUUCAAGCUCAGCCCUUACAACUAUGAGCGGAUCGAAGUGGUGCUGAAGAUCAUACAGGCUGCAGACGAGAACGUGACAAGCUUCUCUGUUAGUCAGGCGAUGGGCCUCCUUCAGCACCUGAAGUCAUACAGGAGAGUCUCUCCUCAGUCAGACGUGGAGAGCACUUAUCUUCUAGAAAACAGCCUGCUGCCAAACCUGCUGUCCACCAGCAGACUGCCCUUCCACCUGCUCAUGCAGACCAAACAUUACUGGAAGAUUAUCUCUCCUGAACUCAGUGAGGAGACCUUCCCUACACUUCUUCUGAUCAGCAAACUGAUGAAGGUGAGCCUUGACAAGCUGUACAUGUCAGCAGCGAACCACGUGUUUGAGAAGAAGAUGAAGCCGUUACUCUUAGAGCAGAGGAAGAAGGGUCAGGGUUACGGCCAAAACAAGGAGACAUUCAAGGUGGCCAAGACCAUGAUGAAGUACAUCCACUGCAUCCAGAGCCCGGAGUGGGCUGCAGCCACAGCACACAAGAUCACCCAGGAGCUGCCGGCAGGCUAUGAGAAGACCCAGUCGCUCAAGUUCUGUUUGGCUCUGGGAGAUGCCUGGCUGAAAGAUCCCAACCUUGAGGAGGCAGCGAGGGCCAGAGGGGAGACCUUCCUGUCCAAGCUGAAGCUGCAGUUCCAGCGCUCGGCGACUGAGAACACCUUGAUCACCGGCCAGCUCAACAGCCCCGAGCUUCUGAAGCUGACUGGGCUGCCAGCCCGGCUCAUAGUGGCCCUGUACGAACACAGCAGUGUGGAGCAGCAGUACAGAGACACAGGAGGACAAACUUACCCAGAUAUACACGCAGCCGUUAAGGAAAUAGCCUCCAUCAACAGCGUGGAUCUCCUGAAAAUCCGAAACAUGAUGUUAGAAAAGUGGAUCUGCAAAACGGGACCUGCUGUGACCAAGGAUAUCGGUAAUUAUGAAUGUGUCAACAACAUCGAAGAGGAUCCAGACUUAAUGAGGGUGGUGUACAUGCUGCAGUCCUGCUCUAUGAAUGAUGCUUUGCGUCUUCUAAGCCCCAUCCUAUCAGCAGAGACCUGGCCCCUCAGCACCUCUGGGCCUCGUCUCACCUUCUGCCAUCGAACUCGAGCGCUGCUUUGUCUUGUACGCCUCGCUGAUGCAGCAACUCUGGAGGCUCAGCUGCAGAUCCCAAGUACCAAAAUCCAGUAUUACCUGAAGUGCUACAUCUUUGUUUCUCAACUGGAGGCCUUAAACAUCCCGUACACUGUGCUCUUUCUCAACAGUCCCAAAGAAGGCUUGGUCAAAGGGCUGUGGAAGAACCACAGCCAUGAGCCACAGGCGGUGCGGCUGGUUGCAGACCUGUGUUUGGAGUAUCAGGUGUACGACGCUCAGCUGUGGAACAGUCUGCUGCAGAAGCUGCUGGGCUUCAACUUGAUCAACCACCUUCAGAGGGUGCUAGAGGCAGUAAUGGCUGUGCCUGCUCUGUGGGAGAUUUCAAGUUUCUCCAGGACGUGGAGGAGUAUGAUCCUGGCUCCUUUUGUCUCAGCUUCUGUUCCUCUGAGUCCGGAACAACAAGCCACGCUGUACAGGACCUUUGUUCUUCUGCUCAAGUGCCCUUUCCUGUUAAAUCUGGACCUGAUAGGAAUUGCAAAUCGUUUUGCACAGUUCAAUCUUCCAGCCUUCGCCCUGGGAACUCUGCUGCUCAUCCCGUGUGCUCAUAAAAAGGCGCAGCAGAUCAAGGGCUUUCUGUCAGUGUGUGACCCCGUGGCUGUCCUGGAGCAGGAGGAGGAGCUAAUGAACACGGGAGACUUGGCAGGAAUCCCCUCACAGGUCAGGGAAACCGUGCUGACCUUCAUCAUCCAAAACGGAGAGCAGCAGAAACUGUUGAAGACCAAACACUUUGAGCAUCUGAAGCAGCUGAUCGUGUCGCGGGGACAGCAGAACCAGGUGAAGGACUUGGUGGACCUCCUGAUCAGCCAGAACUGUCAGGAUGACGCGAACUCGCUCGCUCGAGCCUUCGUGAAACACGGAGAGCAUCAAAGAGGGAAACCGACGACAAACGGCGCCCCCUCGCCGAGCGGCCUGAAGGAGUUUCUCAACAUGCAAAAUGGAGUUUCAGGAUGAACUUCUUCCUGCAGCUUUAUUCUUCUGUUUCUGUUUGGGACUCAACAUUUGCACCUCUCCAUUUACCUUUCUCCUCUUCUUGUCAUAUUUAAUCAGAUGUUGUUCUUUAUUCAUUGUAUAAAGGAAUUCUUUUGGGGAAUAAAACUCACAUUUAUAUUUUAUUAUAGUACCUCCUGACUUGUUCAUACAGUACAUGUGUGUAUUGUGUUUGAUGACUCGCAUGAAGUAGAGAAGCAGUGAGGUAAAGUAAUAAGAAGACAGGAUAACAAACGUGUCAUAAAAUGUCAAACGUAUAUUUGAAAAGAAGUUUCUAAACGCUGCCUUUUCUCCUCUUGGGAGAAUUCACAUCAAUAAACUGAAGCUUGUACAAAUGUC